AUGGAUCAAGAGGACAGGGUGCUGGACGAGGGGCAGGCAGCUCAGCAUCAGCUCACGGAGGAUACUGAGCAGUCAGUGUGCAUCUUGGACAUGCCUCCAUCUCCUGGAAGCAGAGUGCACACCCCUGGGAACCAUGGCUCAGGCAAGCAACAAGACAUCCUUUGGUGUCCACAGCUGGAGAGGGCCCCCUUGGUUCCUGCUGAGGCGCCCAGGCUGAAUGCGAGUGAAAUGGGGCCGCGGUUCAGGGUGUUGCUGCCGGAGCAUGGUAGGAACUACUGCCUCCAAGUGACUCGCCCUCCUUCCCAAAUGGUUUACUCUCAGAGAAUGUCUCCUUCUCAACCAAACAUGGAGAUUUUCAAGAAAAGGUGGCAUGAUGUCCUUAGGAGAGCCCAGAUGAUGUCCUUAGGAGAGCCCGAUAUUCAAGGGAUGGCUAUGACCUUCAGAGGGGAUCUGAGGCCCUGCAGUGGGCCACCAGUCACAGCUUCCAGUGAAAUCCCAAUGUCCCACAUUAGGAUGCGAACAAUGCCUCAUUCUGGCCACCCUGCAGUACCUUCUAAUAGAGACUCUUUAACACUUAAGAUGUUAUUGCCCCCAACCAUGGCUUCUGCUGAGGGCCAAGCAGUGCUCCCCUCUUUGGCUCAGAUGUUGUCCCCUAGAGUUCCCCACAACUGCGGAAGGAGACCAGCUCGGUCCCCAUCAUUGCUGACUUUAGAAUCCCAGGACUCUUCUGUUAGCCAGCUAGCCUCCCAGGAAGACCCCUUAAUACUUGAGCAGCCCAUAACUGUUCCACAGACAGCAGAGCAGAAUUGCAGGGCCCUGGAAAGAGCCCUGGUUGCAAGGCCUUACUGCUGCCAGCAUGAGAACUGUGGAAAAGCUUAUGCUAAGUGCUCCCACCUCAUGAGUCACCAACGCACACACACAGGUGAGAGGCCCUAUAUAUGUAUGUGGGAAGGUUGUACAUGGUCUUUCUGCCGUUCUGAUGAGCUUGGACGACAUACACGGAUACACACCAGAUACCGACCACAUAUAUGUGAUCAGUGUGGCCGAGAUUUCAUGAGAUCUGACCAUCUCAGGCAACACCAAAGGAUUCAUCUGCGGGCACCAGGAUCCCCUAAUCCACGGGCCAACAAUGAACAGAUGGAUGGUCCUCCUGCUCCUGAUCUUUAG